AUCACUCAACUUUCAUUCAGUUGCCAUAAAGUCAUCGAAAUGUAAACUCAAUUUUUUGCAUCCCACAUGUUGGGAAUUUAAAUACCUUACCUUAGGGCAUUAUUCCUGUUGCCUUUUGCCCAUCACAAGGCAUUUUAAGUAAAUAUGCAUCUGUAAAGCAUACAUUUUAUAUUUGAAGGGUUAUUACCCCUAUAUUUCUUUGGUGGCUCAGCUAGCAUCUAGACUGUCACACGCAAAAUGAAGGAGAUAAUGUUCAUUCUGUCAUAGAAAAGCAGAUUAAGCGAGCACUUAAAUCAGGUCCCAUCUAUAUUCCCACUGAUUACGUCAAAUUAAUUCAGUCUGCAAGAAAAAAGGGAAAUCCGUAUAAAGUAACAGAAUUAGGUUACCAGGACUUUAUGGAUUUGAAGACACUGUCUCAGCAAAUAGGUUCAAACUAUAAUAAAUUAUCGGACAAUGAACUGAUCCGAACAAGUGACAUAAAAAUACUUAAAGUGCAGAAGAAUAACCCAGGCAUUAUUUUUGUAAAAACUACAUACGAGCAAAAAGAAUUUGCGCAGAUCAACGUCAAUCAUAACAGAAGAAGUAUGCGGAUCUCUACACCGGAGUGCGUUGCAGCGUAUAAGAAAAAAAUGCAAAUUUCUGCUCUAAAGAAAGCUCAUAUUGAAUCACUUAUCUCAGCGAAAAGCAUUCCUACAUUGUAUAAGCCCAUCUGUGAAUCUAUGUUUUCUUAAAUUGCAUUAAUUACUUUAGUUUGUUGUAUCUUAUUAGUUGUUCUUUAUUAAAUUGUAUUCAUUUUUGCGUUUUGUAUUUUUCUAAUAAAUCAAUUUUAGACGUUGCGUUAAUUACUUUAAUUGCAUUAAUUACUUUAGUUCUAUGUUUAGUUGUAAUUGUAUUGAUGACUUUAGUUGUAUCUUAUUAGUUAUUCUUUAUUAAAUUGUGUUAAUUUUGCGUUUUAUUUUUUAAUCUUCCUUAAGCUGUAGUUUUUCCAGGUAUAUAAGGUCUGAUAGUCGUAUUAUGUUACAGUCAGUUAAAAUAUACAAUGGUUUGGUGUUAUAAAGUAACUAACAGUACAGGAUCAUAACAAAAAAAUAAACAAAUAAAGCAAGAAAAGUGACAUAACUCAAAGACCCUACCUAUAUCUACCUGAUAAUGACGCAAAUUCCACAAAAGUAGACCUACAUGUGCAUCAUGUGCAUACAAUAAUGCUAUACAAUAUAACAUAAUCAACCAAUAUAACUGUUUUUAGCAAAAACCUUUUAAAAUAUGAGGAUAAGUUUUACAGCAACCUUUAAGUUGGUUUAUCUCAACUUCAGUAUUUUUGGUUUGUGUCACUUUUCUCGCAGGGGUGCGAUAUAUUAGCAAAACAACGCAAAAUGCUUUAAUAGAGUGUUGUGGGGAUGAAAUUAGGGAUGAAAUUCUGAAAAGAAUACUCGAGUCCAAAUAUUGGUCUAUGAUGUUUGACGAAACCAGUGAUUUGUCUCAUAAGGAACAGAUUACAUUAGUUGUCCGUUAUCUUUGGAAAGAUGCCGUAAGGGAGGACUUCAUAGCUUUUAUUGGUGUAAAUGGUAUAGCAGAUGUAAAUGGUAAAGAGUGUAAAGAGAACAAACUAUCAGGGAAAACUCUAGGUGAAAUAGUCUUAAGGAAUGUAAAAGAACUUGGCUUAGACCUUAGUUACUGUGUAGGCAUAGGUACAGAUGGGGCUUCGGUAAUGACAUCUGAAGAAUCAGGUAGUGUAACAAAGAUCCAAUCAGAGGCAGUUAGUGCAAAACCGCUUCCAUGCUACAACCACGCCUUGAAUAAUUCUAUUUCUAAAUCUAAUAAGAUUCGAUCCAUAAAUAAUGCCGUUGGCAUUAUGAAAGAAGUCAUUCACUUUUAUAAUCAGUCAGCAAAAAGGAAUGCUGUUCUAACUGAACACGUAGGAGGGCAACUAGUGAGCCUCUGUGAAACUAGGUGGGUAGAUAGACAUGAUGCAGUAAUUUUAUUUUUUUGUGCAUUGCCAGAAAUUGUCGAUUCAUUUACAGAGAUAAGCGAAUGGAAAGAGUCCGAGUCAGCCAAAAAGGCCGUGUUGUAUAUCAACUCAAUAACAAGGACUGAAUUCAUUUUUUCUUGCGUUUGUCUGGUAGAUAUUCUGAAAAGGACCCUUCCCCUAAGCAAGUUAAUUAUUGCAAAAACCAAACUUAGACUUGAACAAGGCUUCCAAUGCAGUGACAGACACACUGACAUGUCUGAAGGAUAGGAGACGAAAUUGUAAUGAUCAUUUCACAGAGUUAUACUUGGAAGCUCUAACUACCUCUGAAAAGCUGGGCGUGCAGCUCAAAAUGCCCAGAGUAGUGAAAAGCCAAAGGCAUAGAGAAAACUACGAAGCAGAGACAGUGAUGGAAUAUUAUAGGAUGUCCAUGUAUAUACCACUUCUCGACAAUGUCAUCACUGAUCUACAAACCAGGUUCUCCGAAGAAAACCUAUUGUGCUUUGACCUCAACCUUUUAUAUGCCUGCAAAUAUGUUGAACACCGAUGUCAGCGAAAAAUGCUUGGAGUUGAACGUGAGGCUGCAGAAAGUGUGCCAGAACUUUAAAACUCUUUUGCCCAGUGAUUCUGAAGUUGUACUUGAAGAAGAGUUAAGCAUUUGGAGAGCGAAGUGGUCAAGGGAGAAAGAAGAAGGAAUGAAAAUUCCAAACUGCGCCAUAGAAGUACUCAAAUGCUGCGAUGGCGAGAUAUGUUUCCGACUGUACGAACACUUCUACAAAUACUUAUCACACUACCAGUAAGUGCUGCAAGUGCUGAAAGGUCAUUCAGCAGCCUUAAGCUCGUUAAAUCCUGGCUACGGACAAGAAUGGUUGAAGAGAGGUUGAAUGGAUUGUGCCUAUUAUACAUACAUCGUGAUAUUGAGGUGAAUGUUGAGAACGUAAUUGAGCGUUAUGCUAAAGGAGGAAAAAGAAGGCUGGACUUUAUUGUUUAAGUUUUAUGGAGAAAGUAUGUAAAUAAUAAAGUAAUGCUUUGAAUCUUCAAAAAAGUGUUUUGUGUUUUUAUUUCCCUAACCAAGUAGGCUUUAAUGAAUAAAUCCAAUUAAAAACUAUAGAUUUAAAUUACAAAAUAUGAUCAUGUUUUAGUCUCUAGAUUGUCUAAAAACACGAGUUUUCAGUUACAUUUUUCCAGACCCAGACCCCCCGGAAGGUUCCCCACAUAAUCCUCCUUGCCCCCCCCCCCCCGAAAUCAUGCCCUGGCUCCGCCACUGUUCGCAAGUAAAGAAUUAUUCGCCUACUUAGAAAGUAUACGAGUUUGCAAUGACAAACAGGGCACUCACACGACGUGUACAAUUUACAAGUACGCGAGCGUAAACAUUUGGCUUAACGACCUUGACAAAUGAAUCAGUGGUGUGAUCACUAAUAAAUAGACCAGGACAUUUAGGAAAAAAUAAAUAGAUAUUUAAAUACAGCACGUAAAAAGUUACAACUUUUUUCAUUGUGUUCAGGAUGGCACCAGUAAAAAAGUCAACAAUAUAAAAAUGGCUGGAAAUGCAUAGUUGCAUUUUAAAGUGUAUGAUAUGCAUCCAAAACUGCAUAAACAUGUGUGUGUGUUUGAGCAUUAUUGGCUUCGGAGUCAAUGUUCAUUCGCCAUCUUACCUUUUUGGGAUUAUUUGUAUUAUUUAUGCGGAAGCUCUAAAGGAGUGCUUCCUGCUUUCUGCAUAAACAUGUCAAUAAAAUAAUUGUAUUAGGCCCAGAUUUUGUUACUCGGGGGUUUUUGGGUCGCUGAAAACCUUAAAACCCCAGAAGAUGACGUUCCUUAGAAGUGAUCACGGGCACAACCCAUAUAGCAUACAACGUCCGAUGGACGUCCAUAUAACGUACAUUUAAAGUCCAAACGUCCAUGGACCAAAACGGACGUACUAUGUACGUCCAUUACGCGACGUCCAUUGGACGUUUGAUUUCAACGUACAUUGGACAUCCAUUUGUGGUCCAUGGAGAUUUUACACAAAACGCGACUAUUAUUAUCAGUAAUUAUAUAUAGCUUCUUGUUUUAAUCAAAGCAAUAUUCUUAGUAGAAUACAAGAAGCUUCUAAUAAAUGUUCCUGACAACGUUGUCGCUCUUCACGCUAUCGGUCGUAAAAGGUAGUAUUAGGCAGGUACUUUUAGGGGAUUAUCGCUGUUAAUUGUUGUGGAAUAUUGAAGGAGGAUUUAUUUAUGAUAAUUCACAGAAUGGCAAACCCGCUUGCAAUAUACAACCGUACUGACUCUAAGUUCUAAGAAAUAAUGUUUGGAAGGAAACAGAACACUCAGAACAGGGGUGGGAUUAUGAACACUCGAUACGAAUCGUAUCCGCCAUGUUUUCCCGUAAGGCGCUAUGGGAAAACAUGGCUGAUACGAUUCGUAUCGAGUGUUCGUAAUCCCUAUGCAGAACAGAAAUAAAUCUCUUUUAAUGUGCAUGCUUCAUAGGGCGCCAUUAUCUGAAUUUUGUCUUUAUUAAGUUAUUGCAUACAAUAUUAUAAUACAUCCUGUGAUAUCU